AUGCCCUCUGUGGUGGACAAAGCAAGCCAAUUAUCCUUGCAACGAAGCCGAAACGCAUUAAAACCCCGUCGUUACUUUCCUGGAAAGGAUCGUCUCUCUAAAUUCUACCACCAAUUCAACUUCACCACCCUCAUCCAAGCCCGUCGUCUGGUUAUCCAGCGACCGGAUAUGCCUCGGCAGGCUUCGGAAGAACAAGUCUUUGUCACUCGAAAUAAGAGGUCUUCCGCUUCACCCGAACUCACUGAGAACUGCCAUUCACGAUCGAACCUUUCAAGUGGAGUAUCACAUAAAUCCCGGGCCACAAAGGACCAGGAGAACGGUCAGGGCCGUCGAGGUUCUCCUGAUUCUCAGAGCGGUCAAGCUAAAUUAUCCGCUACAAGAAUCCGCUCCGAGGCCGUAGACAAGUGUGCAAAAAUCCUCAACGUGUCUCUACCCGCGAGUGGUGAAAGGCAAGCCGCCGAUCUCAAUCAAUCCGACGCCAAGACCAAGCACCCGUCGGCGGCCUACUUGGAUUACUGUGUGAACAAAGAAAUCAGACGAAGAAAGAGGAUCAUCGUUGAAAAUUUGAUGUCUGUCAUCGCAGAAUGCGUUGAACAAAGACUGGAAGCACUCGAGGGGGAGUGCGGCCAAACUGCUGGUUCGAAUUCCUCCUCGCGUACUUUUCAGACAGGAAAGCAAACUUCUCGCACAGCCGGCCAAAAGAGAUCAAAGGGUCAAAGUAGUCGCGAUGAAAGUGAGAAUGAGGAAGACAAUGAAAACUCCAGGAGAAAAAAGGACAACAAGAGAACCAAAACAACAAAGGAUGAUACCCGUCCUCGCUUUGCUUGUCCCUUCCAUCAACAUGAUCCCAAAAGGUUUGGUACCGAGAGAACAUGCUGUGGCCCAGGAUGGUUGGACAUCUCACGCGUAAAGGAACAUCUCGAGCGCAGGCAUAGCUUGUCCUCGUUUCAAUGUCACCGAUGUUUACGCCGCUUUGACAAAGAGGAGGAACUGAAGAAACACCAACGGGCGAAAACACCAUGCCCAGUAAAAGAGCCAAGCAGCGUUCGGAGGAACCUCUCCGAUGGGUACGAUGAAGAGCAGUCAAAGAAGCUGAAGGCGAGGUUGAGAAUGAAUUCGGUCGAGAAGUGGAAGGAAUGGUACAGCAUUUUGUUCAACGUCAAAGCUGACUCUCCUGAUAUUCCUUCACCUUCCACCAUUGAAGAUUAUGAUCCUGCACUUUUAUCAGCCAGACUUCCUUCCACUAGUUCUGAGAAUCCCGAGAAAUGGCGCGAAUACUGGAACAAGGCGAAGCCAGCGAUUGAGCGGCAGGUCGUCUUGGCAGUCGACGAAGCCUUUGGUGGAUGCUACCCUCAGCUGAGGUCAAACGUAAUGGAGCGUCUGCAAGAGCUCCCGCGAAUAAUUGCAGACCAGCUGCCAUUCCCGGGCCUCAGUUCAGAGGAGACAUCCACUGCAGCUGAUAACAUUGGACUCUUCACCUGCCUCGAUUCCCUGGACCCAGAGGACUACGGAGACGAUUCAUUCGACUUCUAUAGCUUGGAUAAUGGGAUGGUACCCAAUCCCCCUGCAUUGGAGCUGUUGGAAUCUUCGGAUUCCUCUGACGCAUGCCAGGCUGGCGAUAGCUCAGCUACCUCUGUUGGAGACGACAUGGCAUAUCAGCAAUUCGACUAUAAGCCAGUGCUGAUGCCAACAAGCAUUGAUUUCAGCCUCCCUGGCAAUGGAUACUACUAA